AUGGCUUCACCCAUUCCUCGGUUUGCUGUGUUGAGAUCAAACGGUGACAAGUAUUUGCGUUACGUUACAGAAGGAAGGUAUAGAACAUACGUCAAAUGCGACGGAAAUGAUGUUCUUGAUCCGCUAUCCAAGUUUCGAGUUGAAAGAUCGAGUAGCAACCGCGAUUUAGUCCACAUAAGAUGCUGUUACAACAACAUGUACCUCGGUCGCAUUAGAGAAGGGUCGGUUUAUGUCGGCGCAGCAAUUGAUGCGGCGGAGGAAAACCGAUCCAAAUGGUCAUGCACGCUGUUUAAACCCAUGCUCAACGAUGGCUUAACAUAUCGGUUCCAGCACGUUCAAAGCGGAAACAAUCUCUGUCAAUUGCGAACAGGGGGCGACGAUAAUAAUCACUGCUUAGUUGUCCGAUGGUCUGACUUGGACAAAAAUGGAUGGGAUCUCUUCACAUUCACCGACUGGGAAUCAUUCGUGAUACUUCCCAAACAUGUGGCAGUGAAGGGAGACAACGGCAAGUAUCUAUUUAACGCAAGAAGAAACACACACUUGCAGUUUGGAGCUGAUGAUAUUGGAGAUCAUAGAGUUGGGGAGGAAAUCUUCACCAAUUCCGACGGAAGCAUCCGCGUGAAGAAUAAAGUCAGUGGGAGAUUCUGGAGGGCUAGACCAAAUGUAAUAUAUCCAGAAUCAACGGAUGAAUCCGACUCGGAUCCAGCAACAUCAUUUUGGCCAGUCAGAAUCAAGGGAAACGCUAUCGCGCUGCGUAGCAAGGGUAAUAACAGAUAUUUGCGUAGAACCAAUGAUCGUAGCACCCUCGAUUGUCUUGCUGCGGAAUCUUGGGCCACGACCAUAGACAGACAGAGCUACCUGGUGCUGGAAGAGCUAGUGAACAGGAGACAAAUUUAUGAUGUGAAUUACCGGCUGGAAGACGCAAGAGUGUAUGACCAAUCAUUGGUGACAUUGGCGCGCUCUUGUGUCACAAAUAUGGGUAACGAAGCAGCAACACUCGAGGUGUCGAUGAGUUAUAUUCAGCAGAGGAUUUACACCGUCAGUACCGGUACUACCUCCUCAUCUUCUGUUAGCAUCGCAAUGUCAAUGAGUAUUCCUUCUAUUCUAGACACUGGCAUUGCCACCACGGAGACAACCGCGAGCGACUACGAGUGGGGAACUACCGCAGAAUCAUCCAACACUUUGACAAGAAGAGUGCCGGUAACUGUUAAUCCGAUGACUAAGAUGACACUCACUCUUGUUGCAACACUCGGAUUCUGCGAUGUUCCUUUCUCCUACAUUCAGCAGGACACCCUCAUUAAUGGCCAACUAGAAAAUACUAAAAAGCAUGACGGUUUUUUCACUGGUGCCAAUUGCUUCAGGUUCCGCACUGAAGCCUCCAGUGAACCACUCUAA